UAACUUUGACAUACACACGCACACACAGAGGGAAAAACAACAAACAAAAAAAAAAAGAAAAUACAUUCAAUCAAUUGCUAAAAUCGUUUUCGAUGGCCAAGAAAAACGCGCCCACGCAAGUGCAAUACUGCGAGCCGCAGGAGACAAAAGUCGCUCGCUACUUUGGCAAACCGAGCUACGGAGCUGUGCUGCGCAUCUCAAAGGAAUCGGACACUGUGCGAUGGCACAGUUCGGUGGCGUAUCACGAGCUGCUCGCAUACAUUGGCAGGACGAGCAUUGCGAUCCAGGGAGUGCAACAGCAGUCGGUGCGAGGCGAUUAUCCAGUGAGUGCCACAAUGCAGCGGCUGUGCGGCAUCUUUGAUCGUCUGCUCGAGAUGGCGGCGUCGCAGCGUGGCGUCGAUCUCGGCAUCAUCUCCGUUGGCGCAAAGCAUCCACAGCACACAACACAGUAUCGCGAAAUCAAGCGCUUGACCAUUGUGGAAGCGUAUCGCAGCUGGUCCCGAACAAUGCUGCGUUGCAUCUUUGGCCUCGUGGAGCAGGCGUUGCCGCCACAGCAAUGCGAACAUGUCGCCGAGCUGGGUCAGUAUUUGGCCAACGCUUUUGGCAAUCCGACGCGUCUCGAUUACGGCACCGGCCACGAGCUCAGCUUCCUCUUCUUCCUGUGCGCACUCUUUCGCAUCAAGGUGCUGCUGCCAGCCGAUGAACCGGCUGCCGCUUUAUUGCUCUUCCAGCGGUAUCUGAAGUGCGUGCGUCGUCUGCAGUCGCAGUACGGUUUGAAUGCGGCGGGCUUUGAGGGCGCCUAUUCCCUGGAUGACUAUCAGUUUGUACCGUAUCUCUGGGGCGCCGCUCAGCUCUGCUAUGAUCCACCGUUUCAGCCCCGCCAGCUGCUGCAGCCUGCGGUCUUUGAGCAGUGGCGCAACGAUUAUCUGCUCGCCGGUUGUGUGGCCUUUGUCGCCGAGUCGAAGGAGGGCAGCUUUGCGACGCAUUCGUGCCAGCUGUGGAGCAUCACAACGCUCUCGUCGUGGCCGAAAGUGUAUCGGGGGCUGCACAACAUGUACUUGAAGGAGAUGCUCAAUCAGUUUCGUAUGCUGCGUCACGUCUGCUUCGGUCAGCUGAUGUCCUUUGACCCCGCCCCGGCGUCCAGUCAAUUGACGCGACCGCAGCUCGGUUAUUUGUCGGUGCAGCGACAAGAGUUGCUGCGUCUCCGGCUGGAGGGACAAGAGCCACUCGAUCAGCCGAGACUGGAGGAGAGGGAAGAGGAGACCGAGUCCACGAUGGAGCAGUUGACGCACAGCGCCUUGGUCACCGACGUCAGCGACUCGAAUGUGAGCGGUGCAAGUGUGAGUGUGUGCACGAUCACGAAGCGCGGUCGAUUGGUCAGUCGAUGUCAUAUAUCUGGCAAAUAGAUAGAUACAUAGAUAGAAGUAGUUACGAUAUGAUAGUUUUGCCACUAACCCCUAAGGCGAUGCCGUAGCGUUCAAAUCAAAUCGAAAUGAAAUAAAAAUUAACUUGGCCAACAGCAAACAAUCGCAUGUGGCUGCUGCUGUGGC